UGCGUAAUGAGCUCUCGGAUAUCACAGUUCCCUAUUGGCGGCUCCUGUUUCUUGUGCUGGGCCAGCGGCAAGCCCACGAAGAGAGCGUGCAGUAUAUGCAGCGGGUCCUGGUGCGAAACAAGUAUCACCACUUUCCCGGCAAACUCUUGGUUCACUGAUUUCACAACGGCGCUCAUCCUUGCAGCAAUGAUCGAAGAGGUUUGGAGUCAUACUUUCGCUGACAUGCAAUAGGUCCAUGUCACCCAUGUCUCGCUCACGAAGACCUUCG